CAUGGUGAUGGGCUUUGAUCUUUCAGUGCGCUGACGGCACUAUCACAUCAUUUCCGCUUUCUUUUCCGGAAGUCUGAGUCCGGACUGUCUGUACAACAUACACGUGGGUGUUCUAUAAAGCAGCAUGUAGGAAGGAGCCCUGGAGGACUCGCCGAAGACCAGAGGAGGAGUGGAGACAUGUGCACCAGCUGAAGAGACACGAGGGACAGGAGGGGACCAAUGCCAGGGAGGAGCUGCCUGUCACCAGAGUGACCAGAGCCGUCCGCGCUGAGUGGAGAAGACGCUGCAGAAGAGGAGGAAUCCAGCCAGCCGCAGACCGGGGAAGGACAUCCAACCUUCAGUGGACCGGGACCCUGCAGCAAGGGAGGAGACUGACCAGCGACGGGAACACCGGCAUCGCGGAGGACACCCGCUUACCGGAGCAAGGACCCGCAGAAGAUCCUGGCUGGCUUAAAGAAGAUGGCGCGGAACAGCGGGGAGGAUGGCACACAUCAGGAUCCUGCAGCAGGAGAGAAGAUUCGGAGUGCAGCAGACCACACUGAAAAGGGUGCAUCCCCGGUGCGGUGCUCUGCAUCCCGGGUGGCGCCGAAGACGUGAAGUGUCCGAGGUGGCAGAAGCGCCGCAGCUUGGGUUGUUCCAUUUCCUGACACAAUGGGCAGAAUCACAAGGAAGAUCCUAAUGUACAUGUCCGUCUUACUGACUGCCGCCUUUCUACUAGGAAUUUUAUUUACUGACCCUUUGAACCUUCCGUUGUAUCACUGGAGACCUCCGUGUACCUGCUGUGAUCGUAGACUGACCACUGAUACUAUUACACCACUGCGAGACAACCGGACAUUUAUCAUAGCUCCAUACUCUGACAAUCGAAUACACAAUAACCGCGCAGUCCGUAUCCUCAGCAUUAUACACCAUAAAGAGGUAAAGGAUCUAUACUGCUGGUUUUGUUGUACCGUAAAGAAAUCUGUGGAGGUUUCCCAGGCAGAGAUAGACAUACACACUGAUCGGUUUGACUUUCCCUAUGGCACAACGGACCUGGUCUGUAUGGAACCACCAGGCUGCUAUGCCAAGUACCUAUCUGUCCAUACGUCUCCUACAGGAAACAUUACCCAAUUACCCCUGUUCCGAAUACAAAAUCUGGACAUGAGACCGUUUUCCGCCAACUUCACGGUCUGCAUUUCCACCAUGUUUGGGAAUUACAGUAACGUCUUACAGUUCAUACAGACCAUGGAGAUGUACCGGAUACUGGGUGCUCAACAGGUCAUGAUCUACCUUAAUAACUGCAGCCCACAGGUGGAAAAAGUCAUUCAGUACUACAUUGCAGAAGGUAUUGUAGAGGUGAUACCAUGGCCAAUUCAGCAGUACCUGAGACCGGCUCGAGCAUGGCUCUAUUCUAUGGAUGUCAAGGAUAUUGAGUAUUAUGGUCAGUUGGCAACACUCAAUGACUGUAUCUAUCGGAACAUGUUCCGGAGUAAGUUUGUGCUGCUUAAUGAUAUUGAUGAAAUAAUUCUGCCAAUCAAACACCAGACAUGGGACAGCCUGAUGGAAAGUCUCCAGCAACAGAACCCAGGAGUUGGGGUUUUUCUCUUUGAAAAUCACAUUUUUCCACAAACCAUCACCACUGAUGGAAACUUCUCCAACAUUUCAUCUUGGAAGAGUUUGCCGGGAUUCAAUAUACUGCAGUACAUUCACCGCGAGCCAGACAGAUCGGACUAUUUCAAUGCCCGGAAAAUGAUUGUGGAUCCAAGGAAGGUCAUUCAAACAUCUGUACACUCUGUUCUAAAAUCUAUUGGGGAUUCUAAAGAAGUCUCUCUGGAGACAGCACUGGUUUACCACUGCAGAACACCUCUUCAGAAGAGUUUAAAUAAGUCAUCUUUAAUUGAAGAUAAAACUAUUUGGAGAUAUAAUGCUUCAUUGAUUAGAAAUGUUAAUACGGUCCUAAGCCAAGUAGACUUGCAGAAAUAAUAACCCAAGGAAAUGGUCAUUAAGGUCAGAUUAUUCCUCCCUGAUCUGCCCGAUUUGGCAUUUUGCCUUUUUUUCUACCAGGGUUUAAAUGAAACUGAAUUCAGGCGUUAAGUUCUCAGGUUUUCUGUUGGUGCAAAGGCCCUGAUUGUGGGCAGUAAAUCAUCAGAUUGAUGAAGGCUUGGUAUCAGUCAUGGACAAACCCUUUCUGUGCGUGUGUGCGUGUGUGUAUGUGUAUAUAUAUAUACCCAAUAGCGCUAAGAGAAUGAAAGAGCAGCACCUCUAGAAGUACCUCCUGUUAGCAAAGGUUUUGGGGAAAACGGCAAACAAACAGAUCUGGGGGCGAUAAUAUUAGUACAUCAGUUUAAAACAAAAAAAAAAUUCAAUUACAUGGAAUACAAUUUAUUCAUAAAAGUACAGAAUAAAACAUAGUAUAUCUUUGUGAUUUUACAGAGGACUUCUUCGUAUAUAUCUGGUUUUACAUUGUUUUUAAUGUAUUUCUUUGUUGAAACAUACGAUACAGAAGUAGAACAAUAGACUAAUCCGACGCAUUUCUUCCCUAUCGGGACUUUAUCAGGGGUACUUUAUCAAAAUGCUCAAACAAUGAUAUGAAGAAAAUCUGAUGAAAUGUAUAAACCUCUAUUAAAACCAGGUUAUCUGGAUAUGAUACCAGACUAAUAACUAGUAUGAAAAAUCUCAGCGUGAUGUGGCUCCAUUAUGGAAAAAAAAGUGUCCAUAUACUAAUAUGCAGUAUCUCAACGAUGGUCUAAAAUGACCGCUAUGGAAUGCAGAUAAGUGUCUACCACUGAACUUUAGUAGAUGUAGAACAGCCUUCUCAACAUAUAAUAAAGUAAUAUUAAUUCAGUGAACUUUGAGAGGAGCACAUCACUCUUGUUGCAUAUCCCUAUAUUAUUAUUUGUGCAGAAGGCUGUUCUGUAUGAAAUUAUACUUGGGCCCUCCUACCCACCCUUAUGUCAUGUAUUAAAAAAAGGACAUGCACAGUUUUAACAAACCAAGCACUUCAAUGACAGAGACCAACUUUUGUGGCUGAGGUGCUUGGUUUGUUUGGGCCGCCACAAAGCAAUUUUUUGGAAUGACUAAAAUGACUUACAUCAUUAAAGAGGAGUUUGAGGAUGAGUGUGUUGGUGGUGGAGUUCGCAUAUGCUGAUCCAAACUGCUGGUAGCUGAUACUGGAUUGCUUGUUAUUAUUUUACAACUUAUUAUAAUUUUGUAAAAUAAAUUUCAUGAACUCGCUGCAAAUGACAUAACAAGGAGGAGGUGCCUAGAUGGUUAACAUCCCUACCUCUACUAACUUUAACCUCACAAAUGUUACAGAUGCCUUUGCAAAUGUUGUCAGGAUUUGGGUAAAUUAAUUCCACACCCAAUAGGUGGAUUUUUUGGGUCUUAUGCCCAGGCAAGACAAUGGCCUUCUUUUUAACACUAGUAAAAACACAAACAACCUCCUCAUCAUUGACAUCCUCAUUAGCGUCAGAUAGUACACACAUACCCCCCUCAUCCUGUUACACUUCCACGCUCGCAUCCUCAAUUUCUAUUAUGUUAUCACCAUCUUUACAUUGUUGGUUUUCCGUCGUUUUGCAAUGCAAACCAAUUUGGAUGAGAUCGAUCAUUGUCCAAAUUACUGCCGUCGCCCAGUGUGUAGGGCACAUAAGCCUUGGAGAGUGGUUGUUACUUUAUCUGUCACCACUUCAUUAAUCAACUCCUGUCAUUUUUCUAGCACAGCCCGUAACAUGGUAGUUAGGAGCUGAAUGGUUGGUACUUUAUCUCUCUCCAUUUUAUCACCCUCCAAGGCUUAGUAAAUCUGCCUCUGAGUGAGAAGAUGUUAAAUCAUCAUGUGCGGCUACAGAAGAAGAUGACUGACUGACAGCAGUUCUAGGAUCACCAAUUACAAAUAAAUGCCAAGGCCUGAGCUUUUCCUUGCCACUGCAUGUUGUGUAUGUCAUGUGGGCUAAUUUUGUGUUUCAGCAGUAAACUU